CUCUCCUCACGACGACGAUCAUCAUGUCCACGACCAUGCUGCGCGCACAGGCCGCCCGCUCUUUUGCUACGUCGUCUCGUGCCACGCCGUUCGUCGCGCGGGCAGCAUACUCGCGAGCACGCACGUAUGCGACUAACCCCGACCCUACGCAUCCAACGGAUUCGCCGAUCCCGACGGACAAGUCCACCUUGAGCAACGCAUUGCUCGUAUGGCUCGGUGCCAGCGCAGUCGGUGUGGGCGCAUGGUACUACACGCAGCAGGGAGGAGAUAUCCGUGCGAAGCGGAAGGCUGAUCAGGAUAAGGCAGUAGCAAAGGCGGAGGAACUUGCUGAGGCGGGCAAGCGUGCUGCCAAUGACGUGGUCCGGGAAGGCCAGGAGGGCUACGAGCAGUACAAGGCUUCGGGAAAGGAGAAGCUUUCUGAUGCACGUGCAAGCGCAGAAUCGAGCGUGAGUGGCACGAAGACAGCAGUCGAGAACCAGUACGAUGCAGCGAGGACGUCCGCUGCAAGCACGUACAAUGCUGCUGUUCACCAAGUGGAGGAUGCUGAAGCACGCGCGAAGGCAUCAUUGGAGGAGGCGAAGCGUAAGGCGGAAGAGAAAACGCAGAGUUGGGGCGCGUGGCUCGGCAGCUGGGUCGGAUGGGGAAGCAAGAAGGCGGACGAGACCAAGCGCGAGAGCGCAUCGCAGGUCGCAGCAAGCGCUGCAGAUGUUCAAAGGGAGGCACAGAAGCGAGCAUGAAGGAGGAGAGGUGCGUUUUGCCCCUGAAUGUAGUGUUUUGCCACACGUCG